AUGGAUCAUUCCCAGUGCCUUGUGACUAUAUAUGCUCUCAUGGUCUUCCUGGGACUUAGAAUAGACCAGGGGGGCUGCCAACAUUAUCUGCACAUCAGACCAGCUCCUAGUGAAAACCUACCACUGGUGGACCUUAUUGAGCAUCCGGAUCCUAUCUAUGAUCCCAAGGAGAAGGAUCUUAAUGAGACCUUGCUGAGGACUUUAAUGGUUGGCCACUUUGACCCCAACUUUAUGGCCAUCAACCUGCCGGAGGAGAGACUUGGAGUGGAGGACCUUGGGGAGUUGGAUCUCCUUCUUAGGCAGAAGCCCUCAGGGGCAAUGCCAGCAGAAAUCAAAGGACUGGAAUUUUAUGAGGGGCUUCAGGGCAAAAAGCACAGACUGAGCAAGAAACUCAGGAGAAAGUUGCAGAUGUGGCUCUGGUCCCAGACCUUCUGUCCUGUCCUUUACACAUGGAAUGACCUAGGGACCAGGUUUUGGCCUCGCUAUGUGAAAGUAGGUAGCUGCUACAGUAAGAGGUCUUGUUCUGUGCCAGAGGGCAUGGUUUGCAAAGCUGCCAAGUCUAUGCAUUUGACCAUCUUAAGGUGGAGAUGUCAACGCAGGGUUCAGCAGAAGUGUGCAUGGAUAACCAUUCAGUACCCUGUCAUAUCUGAGUGCAAAUGUUCAUGUUGA